AUGUUUGACUUGCGGAACACGGUGGAAAUUUGGUGGUUCUCUGGGACGAGUUUGCUGGGGAAGAUGAGAAGAAAAUUUGGUGUGCAGAGGUUUCUCUUGAUAGGCGCAGCAAUGGACAGAUUUGGGGACAUGUCAAGUGGUGUGAUGCGGUGCAUACAGUCCCGAAGGGGUUUGGCUAAUGAAUCUUUGCACUCACUUGUAGCUUUGAAGAAAGAAAUGGAUGCAAGUGCCUCCAUGGAUGAGAGUAGAGUAUGUUAA